AUCGAAGGGUGUUUGUUGACACGACUAGUUGACACUUGGUCCAACUUGGUUCGUUAACUACAUGUGCGGUCGAUAAUUCUGAUGACGGAAAAAUACUAUGGCUUUGAAUGGAAUGAGCUCCGACUCCGUUCACUUCACCAAAGAAAAACCAAGGGUAAAAAAAAAUUUCUUUGAUGAUGAAGAGGAAGAGGAUUUUGAAAAGUUUGAUAAUGAUGAGGAUUUCAUUAAAAUGAGGGUUAGCGAACCAGAUGAAGAGGAAUAUGAAGAUGAAAAGGAAGAACUUGGAGAACCUUGGGGUGGGAAGGAGUAUAGUCUUGUCAAAGAGAAGGUUAAUGCUCCAGCUACUACAACCAUACUAUCAUCCAGCAAUGUGAAGGCAAACUCAACAUUUGCACAGCAUAAAAAUCAAUCAGAUACGUUCAGCCCUUCUUUUGUAAGUGAUAACCUACAAAGUCAUGCUCAAUACUCCAAAGCAACACAUUUCAGUAAAACUACAACAUACAGUACAGUUGAGCAGUUUCGCAACCAGACUCACAAAUUAUCUAAUGAGAAUACAACAUCCAUUGAAAGUGUCAUAGAAAAAGGAAAUUCAGAGAUGGCGGAAGAAAAAAUAAACAGAUUAGAAAUGGAGAAAAGGGAACUACAAAAAACUGUUCAGAGUCUUCGUAAACUUAAUAGAAAAUCUCCAUUACCAGAAGAAACUGUCAAGAAGUUGAUGAUGAACGAGCCAUGUGCUUUGGAGAUUCAUAGAUCAUUAGAAGAGAAGCUGGCAUUGUUGGAUGUGGCCAUCCAACUUGGUGAUGGAGAUGUGUUAACAAGAAUCUUGCUGUUUUUCAAGAAGACCAUCAAACCAAAUAUAUUUGUGCGCGAAAUAAAGAGACGUCCUGUUGCAGCAAACCACAUUGUCACAUUUUUGAAGUCGCAUUUUGAUCACGAUGAAGUCAUCAAACUUCUCAGAAUUUUGAAUAGGAAAGAGGAAGCAAUGAUGUUGGAGUACAAGAUAGCUUUGUCUUCGUCCUCACACGUUGACUCCCAAAUACAAGCAAUCGUCACUUGUCAAAGAAUGAAUGAGAUUUCACCUGAAUUGACCGAUGUGGUUGCAAUUUUGAAACAACACGAAAGUCUGUUGAAAAGACAAGUGCAAAUCGAGAUAAAAGACAAACGCACACAGGUCGAAGGAAAGAACGAAAUCAUGCGACUCCAUCCUCUUAAACCAGUUACAUCAUCACCUUUAAUGACGACAUUACGUCAUUGUUGUUUUUAUCAUUUUGGCAAAGAUGACAAUAUCUUAGGUCCCGUUUCGUUGCAAAAGGAAUUUAAGCUCACGGACAAACAAUUUGAAUGGACGAUGGUCGCUGCAAGAGCAGAGCUCAAGAAAUGGGCGGAUCUAGACAUGCUAUUCACGUCGAAGAGCUGGUAUGGUUCAAACAAACAAAAAUCUAGCUUGGGAUUUCAUAAAGUAGUUGGAAUCUUGGAGAAAAGCAACGCGCCAAGGGAUAUCAUUGGAAAAUAUUUAAAUCUUGUGGACGACCUCGAGCUCAGACUUACGCUGUCCACCCGGUUAAAAUGCCAUAAAAUCGCCGUUGAGACUAUAGUGAGCAUGAAAGAUAGACAAAGACUUGAGGAGUACAGAAAACAAGUGGAAAGAACUAAUCCUGUUCAAUCUCUCAUUUCAAAUUAUCUACAAAACUCGCAAAUCAAAUGGCGAUAGAAAUUCAACACGUUUAUUCCUUUGCGGGUUUGUCAGACGCUACAGACAAAUAAGAAAACUUCUCGUUACAAAAUGUAUGAAAUGCCAUGAACAAUUAAAGCAAAGAAAACUACGACAGUAUUACAACCACAUUAUUACUAUCACAUAAUUUUUUUUUUUUUAAUUAGCUGCAUUCCUAGAUAAUUCAACUUCGACAUAAAUUUACAAAAUAUAUGUUAGUAAUAUGAACGCA